AUGCACCUGCCAUCCCUGAAGCGACCGGAAGACACACACGCAGAAGAUGUCUCCGCCGAAAAGGAGCAUGGCGGGAAGCUCUGCAGACCCGGAUCGGCGCUGGGCACUUGCGUAUCCACAUGGCCGGGAAUGGAAAGUGAAGGUUUGAAGAAACAAGAAUCUGUAAAUCGAAAAAGUCUGAAGUUGCGAGGAGGGUCAGAGGCUUCUGGUCAGAUCAUACAAUGUCAUUAUCAGAGUGAUUGGGACAACAACGGGGUGCUGUGGGUCUUGGGAAGGAUGGCGGCCAUGCACAGUGGAGCUCCACCCGAUAUCCCAUGGAUCAAUCCAGGGAGUGCAGGACUGGUCAGAAUACACUGCGGAGAAAGGGGAUAUCAGUAUUAUGACCUAGAGAACUUCGAUGUUGUUCUUGCAAAGGAGCUUGCCAUUGACAGGAAGGAGGUCAUCGGUGCUGCUUUUUUCCCAGAUGGAUGGUUCAUCCUUGAACUGGGCCCUAACUUCCAACUCCGACCUCUCCACUACACUCUCCGAAACGGCGGAGGGACUUUCGCUGCAUGCAUGACGGGAUGGGUACUUGAAGCUUCACAGAGUUUGGAUGGGCCUUGGCAUACGUUAGAUCACAAGGUGUUCGUCAAUGCUGCUGUAACUACGGACGAUGACAAGUUUCCUCACCACUCCUUCUCGUUCCCGAUCCCCGAGGGCUCCAAGGUUCAAAUCGAGUCGGACGAAUUUCUCACGCCAGGGCACAACAACUGCGGCUACAGGUGA